UGUCUGCCAGGCACAUUACUGAGCAGAGACACCAUCCAGGUUUGAUUUUACUCCCGAUUUUAUUCAUUAGAAGCUAUCUGCAUCCUUGUUACAAGAUGAACAUAAAUGCAGUGAUCCAUUUGAUGUCAUUGCUGUCUAUCUGGAUGCGGACCGGAGAAGGUCAGCUAUUCCAGCCUGAGCUCACACCUAAUGCUUUCCUAGCCACUGUCACCAGCAAUACAGUGAUACUGAAGCAGCCGUAUUGUGUAUUUGAUCAGACGUGCCCUGGCUGUGAGAUAUGGCUGGUGGCUGGGCUGUGCUCAGCAAACGGCAUCUUUGAUGCUCAAGUGAACAGCUCAACUCCAACAUCCUACCCAACAGCAUUCAACCCAUCAUCAAAGAACUUCUUUCUAACCAGAGUUGGACUUCUGUCAGAUUUCCCCUGUAAUCAGUCCUCCAGUGAUCGCUACUUCAUAGUCGGAGCUGAUGGGAAAUGUAGUGGCAUCAACUGUAAUGGAGUACUUCCUGAUAGAUUCCCCGUUUGUUUCAAGUAUCUUCUAAUCAAUACUAAUGGGACUCUUGUUAAUUCGUCGAACUGGUCUGUCAACAUUACUCUUCCCAAAUUACUAAACCUUCACACCAUUAAUGAUGGUCUGAGUGCGAGAUCUGGUGCCAUGGUUGUUAUUACUACCAUCCUAUGUGUGGCUGCGGCUCUGCUUUUACUUCUUUUCCUCAUCAUGUUAUGCAUAACCUGGGAGUUUAUGAACUCAAUCCGUAUCCCCCGCUAUGACACCCACAACCUAAAGGAGAGCGUGCACCCCUACGACAACCCUGCUUACCAGUCGGACAUGAAAAAUUACUCCACAGCCAGCACUCUGCCCAAGGAUGCUGCAGAAAAGCUGUGA